AUGGAAUUUUUAUUUGAUCAAUCCUCUGGUCAGGAGUCAUCCAUCCACGAGGACAACCAGUUGCUGCCAUGGGAGUCCGACGAUACAUAUUCCAAUCCGUCUGAAACAGCUUCAGAGACGAUCCAGUCGGAGACAAGUGAAGACCGCGACUUUGUCAUAUCCGAUACCGAUCAACUGUCAUAUGCUUCCCCUAGUUCCUCCAAUCUAUCCAAUGCGUCUCUCAAGGAAAAGGGACUGAAAAAACCAAUUAAGACUAUCACUCGACGAUCAGUGGACCGGAAUGGGCGUCGCGUUGUUCAAUAUCUUGUCUUAUGGUACUCCUGGGAAACCAACGAUCCUUUCCAAUAUGAAGGCUUGGAGAAUUCGUGA